AGCACGCCGUAGCAAGUUCCGGUACUAGCGUUUCAUACUUUUAAGGCUUGGUAUCAGAUCACGUGGCAAAACCCUUGGUCGUCUCAAGUAAAACCUUCUUCUCUUUACUAAAGGUAGGCUAGAGUUGGAUUCUUCAUCUCUUCAUCAGGAAAACGCAGAAUACUCCCAUUCCUUCACCCCCACCACCCCACACCACCACCACCGUCUCUGCUGAGCUGAGCAACACCAACCAGGCUGAAGUUAAGUUUGGAUAAACGAGAAAAAACCCCACGAAUUUAAGAGAAAUAGUAAUGGCCCCUGAUGCUUCUGAAGCUCUUGCAGUUAGAGAAAAAGUUCAGCAGUUUCUUAAUGCUGCUCGUACUGGGGACCUUGAUCUAUUCAAGAAACUAGCAGCAGAGCUUGACGAUGAAGGGAAAGGGUUAAAGAAAACUGUUGAAGAUGUUAAAGAUGCAAAUAAACGUGGGGCAUUUCAUUUUGCUGCUAGAGAGGGAAAAAUUGAAGUUUGCAAGUACUUAGUGGAGGAAUUGAAGAUCGAUGUUAAUACAAAAGACGAGGAUGGUGACACUCCACUUCUUCAUGCUGUUCGACAAGGACAUAAUAACAUUGCCAAAUAUCUUCUCGAUUGCGGUGCAAAUCCUGAUGCUUCUAGUGAAUUAGGAGCCACUGCUUUGCAUCAUGCUGCUGGAAUGGGAAACACAGAGCUGCUCAACCUCUUGCUCUCUAAAGUGGUUGAGGUUGAUUCACAAAGUGAUGCUGGUACACCACUCAUUUGGGCUGCUGGUCAUGGACAAGCAAAUGCCGUGAAAAUUUUAUUAGAACACCAAGCUAAUCCCAAUGCGGAAACUGAUGAUGGUAUUACUCCUCUUCUGUCCGCUGUAGCAGCUGGAGCUUUACCAUGUUCAGAGCUGUUAGUUAAGGCAGGGGCUAAUCCAAACGUUUGUGCCGGUGGAGCAUCUCCUUUGCUCAUUGCUGCUGAAAUUGGAGAUUUUGAUGUUAUCGACUGCUUGAUAAAAGCUGGAGCUGAUCCCAACCUCACGGAUGAGGAUGGUCUGAAGCCCAUACAAGUUGCUGCUGCUAGAGGUAAUUCUGGUGUUGUGGAGGUUCUGUUUCCGUUGACAUCCCCUGUUCAAACUAUUUCAGACUGGAGCAUUGAUGGACUAAUCAAACAUAUGCAAGCUGAACAGCAGGAAAUUAAGGAAGUUGAUCAGUCUAAAGAUACUAGUUUACAAAAGCAGAAUAUUCCGGAGGUUACACCCGAGGCAAAGAAGAAAGCUCUAGAGGCUAAAUCAAGAGGUGAAAAAGCUUUCAAGAGAAACGAUAUUCAUAUGGCAGUAGAUGCUUAUACACAGGCUAUCAAUUUCGACCCAAGUGAUGCUACCCUACUAUCUAACAGAAGCCUUUGUUAUAUUCGCUUGGGACAACCCGAACAUGCCUUAACAGAUGCCAAGGCUUGCAGAGAGCUGAGACCAGACUGGCAUAAAGCUUGUUACAGGGAAGGCGCAGCAUUGCGUUUGUUGCAGAGGUUCGAGGAAGCAGCAAAUGCUUUCUAUGAGGGUGUUCAACUAGAUCCUGACAGCAAGGAGCUUGCAAUUGCUUUCAGGGAAGCUGUUGAUGCCGGGAGGAAAUUUCACGCUGCAAACCAGCAGAAGUCUUAGGAAUGGUUAUUGUUUACCAGCAACGGGCUUCUGAGAUUUCAGAGUAUUUAGUAUUUACUAUAUUUACAAAUUACAAAACGAUUUUGUGAAAUUUUUGUUUAUACUGUAGUCAUAAUUAUUUUUUUUCCAAGAAUUUUCUAAAUCUGUGCAAGGAAAUAGUUUUGAGUUUGUUUUACUCUUUUAUAGAAAACAGAUUUAUGUUCUUUUCGUC